GCCUCCGAGUGAAGGCGGAGGGUCGAUCGUCUGGACGGUUGUCUUGCGCGUCCGCCGUUUAAGACUGAAUCUUUGCAGUGUGGGAAUAGCGAUUUAAAUCCAGUGCCCGUUCUGUUCGGUUCUCGAUACACCCGGUAUUCGCUAAUCGUGAAAUCGAACGUAGGUAAUCCGUACCUCGUGGAGGAAGAUAGGAGUCUUGAUAGACAGCCCAGAGUCAGUCUCGGAAUAGGUAAAAACCAACGGAUACCCGGGAAGAUACUAAAACCGAGACAAAGACUGAUUCUCCAGACAAUUGUUUGAUCACUCGUGGAUAAUUGUAAUGCGAGUGUUAAGACGUGUUGAGUAAGAACCAUUUUUAUGUUACUAUCCAACUCCGUUUUGCCGGACCGAAUCCUGACUGUGAAAUUAUCCCCGAUACUAAUGUUGGUCCAUGGACGCAAUUACAAGGAUGCGCUGCACGUUCGUGAUGUGAUGUGGACGAGUGAGUGAGUGAGUUAGUGAGUUAGUGACUGCGUGCGUGUUGACGCGUGCGAAGUGGCCGGAACAUCCUCGUCGUCGUCGUCGUCGUCUGUGGGUCGUUGUGCUUGGCGAGGUUACACGCGGGGGCCGAUAUGGGGCUAGCAAAGUCAUGGGUAUAAACGUUGCAUGCGGUGAGAUCUACUGUGAAGCGUAUACUACGACAACAUGCUGGUGGAUCCGAUCUAACAAGCUCGAGACGCCGAUGCGGGAAGAGAACGAUUCGCAGACCGUUAGCCUCAGUCGAGCCCAAGAGUUAAACCACCGACUCAGGGUGUGACCGACGGAAUUAGAAAAAAAUGUCUCAGCAACAACCGCCGAGUGACCUGGACCUGGUCCCAGAAGGGUCACCGCACCCUUGCCAGUGUUCGGCAAUGUCUUCGGUGGACUCGGUGAGAGCCCAGCGUGACAGAAUUGAGCGAAGCCUGGUAAGCAAUCGGCUUUCGAGCGGACAGGAUCAUCAACGGGUGCUGGAAACGAUGCAGAAUGCAUUCGUACCGAUAAGAAGAGGUGACUCGGGACCAGAGUUGCAGCAGAACAUAGAAGCGACUAGAAUCGCUGAUCCCGGAACUAACCUCACCUCGAGUCCAAGGUCAGCGGGAGGCAGGAGAACCCACAACGUGCCGUGCAGUCCUAGGAACCUUGACAUAUCCCGAAAUCUGGCUUUCGAAGCCGCCCGGCGAGUACACGAGUCGUCGUCGAGGCCAGGCGAGCACCAGCACAGCUCGUCGUCGAGUCCGAGUCCGAUGCUGGACGCGAAGGAGUUGGACAAGCAAUUGGCCGAGCAGCCGGGUCAGCAGAAACGGCCGAGCUUUACGACGAAAGAGAAGGUAAAAAACAUCCAGCAGAUCCUGAGCCCUUACCAACACAACCACGAACAGUUCCACCCAGGGGUCGGUAGCGACCCUCACGUAGCCUCGCACGCCCCGGCACGCAGCCUCGAGGGAAACGAGACUCUCCAAAUCGCCUUCCAGCAGCACCCGAGGCAGCACACUCACCACCAUCACGUGAACCCGAAAGUGUCGAGCGUCGGGCAUCACCCCAACCACCAUCACCACGCGACCAGCACCCUCUCGGCGUCCUCUCUCAUCAGCCACCGCCACGGUAGCUCGUCCGGCAGCUUGACCACCGCUCCACUCUCCCCCGGCAGUCAUCACCACGCGAGCUCGGGCAUCUCCUCCGAGUCUUCGUCCUCCAACGCCAACACCAGAGCUCACAGCAGACUCGAACACGUCCACGAGCUCCACAGUCAUCAUCAGGCGCAAACCCUCCAUCCUCACCCCAGCCUUCAGCAUGGUAACCCCAUACCGGAGACCAGGCAACGCGCGCCAUCCAGCCUCGAACAUCAUUCUCACCACCAUACGCAUAUUCACUCGCAUUCCCACGCUCACAACCAAACUCCCGGUGAAACGAAGACCACGUCGUUAAUCGGGGUCAACGCCAUGCAGGUACCUUCUCCUGCCAAGGGCAAGUGCCAGUGCCACGCUGCACAGCAGGAUGGCUCCAACAAGCGAGGCUCCGAGGAUGAUUGUGACGAGAAUGAGGUCGCGUUGAGGACCCAUCAACCCCCGGCUCUACCACCUCGGCCCCCGCCGAGGCCCACGAGACACUACGACACCUCGACUUCCAGUCACCGACAUUCGGGCGACGGUGGAUGCUGCACGAAGUACGUCGUGCUCUGCUGCCUCUGUGCAGGACUCAGCGCUGCGGUCGGAAGUCUUUUUAUAGCGGUACACGUAGUAUUAUCAGCGCACACAGCCAGUUUAGUCCUUUUCGAAACCGUACCUUCCUACAUCCCUGGGACCAUGCUAAUUUUUAUGGGCGUGUUCACUCUUCUCUUGGCGAUACGAAAGCUCAGAUACGGAAUCCUUAUGAAAGUAUGCGGGUCAUUCGGCGUAGUUUGUGCGCUAGUUUGCGUACUGGUUACGGUAACAACGACAGUCGUCCAUAUGUCGAGACUCCAGGGACUCCGCGAGUGCGUUUACACGCCAAUAGCGAGAUCCUGCACGUGCUACAGAACGCCACAGUCCCGGGGAGAUCCUGGGGUGCUUUUUGAGGGCACGUCGGACUGCGAGGUGGUCGACGGCGCGUUGUACGCCUGUCUGAGAGCCUUGUUCGGAGUAUCGGUAGCUGGUAUCCUGGCGUGCAUAUUCUCCUGCAUGCUGGUGUACCAGCUGCUGAGUCACGAGAAGAAGAAAAUGUACUGGGAACAGCUCGAGCUACGGUGCCGAUCACUGUACGGCCAGGGCGGCUCGGUGGGCCCAACAAGCGGGACCUGUGGCUGCUGCAACGACUGCGGAGGUGCGAGUCCCUGGUGGGCCCAAACACCGGGGAACCUGUACACUCCGAACCCGGACCUGGCACCGGCCAGACGGUGGCGACUCCCCUGGUCCAGGUCUCGCGGCCCUGCGCCAAGCCCCGACUCCAACUACGGUUUUCACGUUCCGUCCAGGCAGGUCGAAGCCAGCGUCGAACCCCCGGGGCCCUAUAGUGUCCUCAACGCCCAGAGCGCUGGGCCCUACAGUGUUUUAAACGCCCAGAACGGACCCUAUACACCCAGCACCGCUUCCUACAGCGUUCUCGAGACCCCCGUUCCCCUCUGGGGCCCACCACCGCCAUACAGCGACCCCAACAGUCCCGCGAGGAGGCCUCAGGUCCCCGAACCGAGACCCAGGAUGGCAAAGCGGCUUGAAAACUACGAGGGUGUCAACGAAGACCACAGACCGAGGGCGACUAAGCGUUCUUCGGGGAACUACGAGAACGCUGAGGAGAUAUCAAACAGCACGGAUCCAGAGGGUGGGAACGAGGGUACGAUGAAGGGAAGAAGAGCACGGAAGCCACUCAAGGGUGUGGAGAACAGUGCGUUCCAGCAGGAACCAGCCGCUGUGCCUAAACAGUCGGAGAGCGAACUUUACUUCGGCGAUGUUUCGUCGUGCUGCGGGCCAGAGAGCAGCUUCUACGACUUGGCAGUCGAUAAAGAAGGCGUCGACAACGGAUCAGAGGGAAUCGACUACCUAGCAGCGCGUCUGGGCAAGCGUCAGCUGUCAAAGAGGUCCAGACUGCCGCUUCCGCUUCCUGCGGAGGGUGGAGACACGGUGUCGGACAGCUACGCGAACAGCGACGAGCCGCGAAAUGUCCGGGGUCCGUUCUUGGCCCCGGACGCGCAGUACGAGGUGAUACAGCAGGGUAGGUACGCCUACUACACGCCUCAGGGUGUCGACGAGGGAAACCCCGAGAGUCCGACGGCCUCCGGCUACUUCCGGGAGGACCAGUUCAUCCACGGCGAAGAUCCGGAGAAGGCGAGGAGCCUCGAUCCGAGGGACCGGGAGUACCGGGAGGAAGAGACGCCCCAAUGCUGCCUGAGCGACGCGACUACCCUUGAUUCGGGGUGGCAGAGUGGCGAACAGCCCCAAUCGGACGACAGCGUCCGCCCGGUUAACGUCUAGUAUUUUUUACAAUCUUUAUUUUUCACUCCCCUUGAUCGUAUUCUCACUUCUCCGGAGAAUAUCGUCAAGCUGCGUGACGCAGGGGGAAUCUCCGAAUAACUUCCUGCCCGUUGACUUCUCGUUAUUUAUAGAAAUGAUCCUACGCCCUCGACGUCGUUCCGAAGGCGGGAAGUUACGCAGAGACCACUCUUUAUCACAAUCAUCUAGGGUCAGGUUAUUAGAUCGCGAUUGGUAUGUGCAAAAUACCUCUGUAUUAUAAAUUAAUUCAUCAACUCGACAACGGAUUUAUAUUUUAUGAGUUGUAGUUUGAUUUUAUUGUUGUUACUAUUAUUAUUAAUAUUAUUAUUACUAUUAUUAUUCACAUUACCUAACCUGCUGAAUUCUUGCCCUCUUUGUUUUGACUCCCUCCUCUUCGUCUUGGCGUUGAUUGAUUUACCGUGUAUGAAAUAUGUCGAAGACAAGUUUUCAUUAAUUAUAUUAUUUUUAUAUCGUUAACAAGAAUCGUUUUUUUUUCCACGUAGACAAGGAUGAAAAACUUUAUUCUUCUAUCCGCAACUAUAUGUGCCGUAGAGUAGACUGUAUAAUAUAAAUAAAACGUGUAUAAUGUACAUAUAUUUAAUUUUUAAACUCAAAUGAGAUCCCGGUAGAAUUCGAUUACGAUAUUUUAAUUUAAUUAGUAAAUUUCAUCCCCUAUUUUUAAAAUUUUUCAUUCCGUGUAACUGUACUUUCAAUUUCAUUCCUUCUCGUCCGAGCCAUAAUUUUUGAUAAAAGUGUCGAUGCUUUAGUUCUCCCUCUCUUUCUCUCUUUCUCUCUAUUCCUCUGAUUUAUAUCGAUAAGUUAAUUUACUAAAUACCUACGCAACAUUAUGUACAACAUUAAUAUUAUAUACACGCGCGUAAUCGUAAUUGUGUACGAAGUCUGUAGGGUAAUAAAAAAAAAAAAAAAGAAGAAGAAGAAAAAGAAGAAAAAACGA